GGAAAACUUAAAAGACAUCCCUCGUAUACCUAGCCUGAGCGACCCUGUAGCAUUACUACAAGCCACUCGAACCGAGCGUUCCCUCGAUCGGCUUGCGUGCAAGUCAACGUCUCAGAUCUCCCCCCACCACCAGCCAUACGCUACUACCGCGUUUACCUGCUCACUGAUGACGUUUUAAAGCCAAAGAAAUGCUCACCGCUAUUCGGCCAUGUUAGAUGCCGUUUAUCGCGUUUCGGACACGAAUUUGACCAGCGUAUUUUGACAGUUCGCAUGGCCAUGCGGUCAUGGGCGAAUAAACGUCAGCCUAUCGUGCGCGAUUCGUGUUUCGGUGUUCGCCGCGACAACCAUCUUGAACGAUGAGUGAAAUCUGCGUGUGAGCCACUUUGAUGACCCACAUCGUGUUAAAAUCCAUCGAGAGUGUGCGUAAGGAAUGCUAGUUAGUGUUAAAAGGUCAACCGUGUAGUGACAUGGACUUGUGUUGUGAAGUGUCUUUAUGAGCUUAUUCUAGCUGACUAUACCAAACUGUAUAUCGUCCUUUAAAAAGUUCUCUUAGAUGGCCCUGUAGUCAGCUGUAAGAGCGUAUAUGGGCAUAUGGUUAGUAAUAGCGCCAUAUAUGAGACAAUAAGUUUUGCAGAGUAGAUUUCUAAUUAUUGCGGAAAGGAGAAUACGUUAAUCAAUGCUGAAAUACGCAUGGUAUCCCGGAAUAAUAUAACUAUGGUAAUUUUUCGUAUGCAUAUAGAGUGUAAAUAAAGUUUUGAACGACACUGGACAGCAUGACAACAUGAUCGUAAAUAUAUCUUUCGGAUAACCAUUAUCCCCCGUUUCGCCGACUGUACACCUGGUUUUCUACGUUCUAUAAGUUUCUGAAAGACUGCCACGUUGUACAAAUAUUAUUUACAAAACAGAUCAUAAACACAAAUACGUACAAACGUUCAAUUGAACCAAUUUGACCGACCUCAUUGCAGCCCCAUAGCGCGUAAGGACAAAUAUGUCAAAUAAGAAACCGUACAUCGGCAAACCUCCGAACGAACAAGGUGCGGUGCCCCCUCGAUACCAACCGCCUCCCAUCCCCAAUGGACAAGGCAUUCUGAAGCAUCCCCCGCCAAAAGACAUGAAGUUCCCUCCCAACAAACCCCCGGACAACGUGAAAAUUUUGUACGCCCCUUCUGAGCCGUCGCCCAAGAACUUUUAUCCAAAUGCUCAGAAUAAACAGUACCACUACCCGCAGUACCCGCCACCCCAGGACAAUAGAACGACUCAGGUUCAGGUGCAUCAGGAUACGUCAAGACCAAGGCCUUUGGACGAACCUGGGAUUCCCCAGAUUUUGCCUGAUUUGAGGAUACCUGCUCAGAGACAGCCGUUGAGGUACGACGACGAGCUCCUGAGAUCGGAAAUGUUGAAGUUCUCGAGGAAACCCGAGGAUCCUAGGUUCGUGGAUCAGAACCGGCAGUUGCAGAACAUCCUGUUGGAGCUAAGAUCUUUAAAAGAAGCUAACCAGCAUCUUGCCGAUGACAACCAGGAGCUCAGAGACCUCUGUUGCUUCUUGGACGACGACAGACAAAAAGGAAGAAAGCUAGCUAGAGAAUGGCAACGUUUUGGACGAUACACGGCCAGCGUCAUGAGACAAGAAGUGUCCGCAUAUCAGAGUAAGCUUCGCGAGCUGGACAACAAACAACAAGAACUGAUCAAAGACAACUUGGAGCUGAAGGAGCUUUGUUUGUACUUGGACGAGGAACGAGGAAACAAUUCGUUGUGUCCAAAUUGCGGCGGAACCGCUACGGGGAACGUACGAGAUGACGGAGAUGGUUCCAGUUCGAGCACCAAUCCUGACGAGCCGGCAGUUGGACAGGAGUUUACCGGCAAUGCUCCAAGGAGAUCGGCGAGCAGGGAGCGGUUGCUGCACGAGAAUUUGGCAAGGCAGCGGAGCACGUUCAAUGAUCAAAUAAUGCAGUACGUGCGAAGCCUGGAACAAACCAUAUCCCAACUAGAGGACGAAAAGCGAGCAUUAUGCUCCAAAUUGAACCAAAUGGCGAUCAAAGCUGGAGAACCCGCCAUGGCAGUACCGGUACCAACGGCCGAUGGAAGUGCGCCGCCCGCAGUGCUGACAGGGAGACCAGAAGCCGUUGUUAGAGCUCUUCAGGUUCUUGAAGUUCGGGAACAACUAGAGAGAGAAGGUCAUGUGCCAGAAAGAGGAGAGAAUAUAUUCGAUGCAGCCUCGCAAGAUAUGGACGAUGGAGAAAAAGCAUUGGUUAGAGAAAUGUGUAAUGUUGUUUGGCGAAAACUGGAGGAAGGUCCCCCGGCAACCCGGCUAUAAUUCUUAGAUGUAAGAUACACUUGUCUGUUCUCAGAAAAUGUACAACAAUUUUUCUUGCCACCGAGUGAUAAGGAAAAAAAAUCUCCCCUUCGUAUCUCCCACAAGUAUUAUUUUAUACUCUAUUUAUUGUGUAAUUAAUAUAUAUCUUUAUGAUGCAAGUAACAGAUGUAUGCAUGUACAAAAUGUAAAAGUUACGAUUAUAUCUUUUUGUUUUUAGAACAA